GCUCCCUGGGAGACAUCUCCAAAUCCUUCCUCGACCUCACCGACCCAGACGAGAUCAACAGCUACUUCGCCUUCAACGUCACCUCAGCACUGUGCCUCACCUCCACAGCCCUGCAGGCCUUUGGGACACGGCCCGGCUCGAGCAGGACGGUGGUGAACAUCUCCUCACUCUGUGCUGUGAAGCCCUUCAAGAACUGGGCCCUGUACUGCAGCGGGAAGGCUUCCCGGGACAUGAUGUUCCAGGUCUUGGCACUCGAGGAGCCCGAUGUCCGUGUGCUCAACUACGCCCCGGGUCCUCUGGACACAGACAUGCAGCUCUUGGCCCGCACCAAGACUGGAGACCCUGAGAUGCGUCAGUUUUUCCAGAGCCUGCAGCAGAGCCAGCAGCUGAUAGACUGCAGUGUGUCAGCCCAGAAGCUGGUGAACCUCCUGGAGGAAAACACCUUCCCCUCUGGUGCCCACGUGGAUUUCUACGAAAUCUGA